CAGAGCUUUUGUUAGUAUGAUUGCUUACAAAGUUGCAAAAGAACUAGGAUUAAAAAUAGAUAAACCUUCAAGAAGUUUAAUUGUAGCUGCUACAGGAACUACCUCUCGAUCUCUUGGAAUCAUUAGAAACUUAUCUGUCAAGAUUCAAAGUAGAACUAUCCUUAUUAAUGUAAAAGUAAUACCUGCUACUUUAUAUUUAUUACUUUUGAAAAAUAACUAG